GAUGUGUCUGCUGUUAUAUUACGCAGGGAGCCUUUUGAGUGUGUGUUAAUGUUGCACACGAGCCCGUGGGUGUGUGUGAUGAACCUGUCUACGUGGGUUAAAGAACCGUUCAUGGACUUAGACAGCUUCCAGAUCUCGCUUAUCUACAGUUUCCACGGCAAGAACGAUUCUGUCAUGUUAGUAACAGACUACAGGCCAGUAUACUACAUUCAGCCUGUCCCACCGUCACACCUGAUGUUGCUAUGGAAACAAGAUGAAGCUGUUUUCCACUGGCUCAGUGGCUAUGAUGACAACGUAAUGCUCGUCCCGUAUCUCCGAUACCAACUCAGCAUACAGGGAAAUGGCAAGGUGUUGGAUAUCCACUCCAGUCUAAACAACUUGUCGGUGCCGAUGUCCGCCUUUGCACCCAACACUAACUACACAGCACACGUGCGCUCAGAGCCUAAUCAGAUAGAUUACAAAGGUGUUUGGAGUCACUGGGGUCCCACCGUCUCCUGGACAACUGGAUCCACUAGCAAUCCUAUUCAAAGUUGGAAGUGUUUGAACGAUUACCUCUACACCAUCAGGUGCGAGUUGAACAUGACCUCUGAGACACUGCCCCAUGAUGCCCUCUACUGGCUGGAAUUCCGUGAUGAAAGGGAGCCUUUUGAGUGUGUGUUAAUGUUGCACACGAGCCCGUGGGUGUGUGUGAUGAACCUGUCUACGCGGAUUACAGAACCGUUCAUGGACUUAGACAGCUUCCAGAUCUCGCUUAACUACAGUUUCCACGGCAAGAACGAUUCGGUCGUGUUAGCAACAGACUACAGGCCAGUAUACUACAUUCAGCCUGUCCCACCGUCACACCUGAUGUUGCUAUGGAAACAAGAUGAAGCUGUUUUCCACUGGCUCAGUGGCUAUGACGACAACAUAAUGCUCGUCCCGUAUCUCCGAUACCAACUCAGCAUACAGGGAAAUGGCAAGGUGUUGGAUAUCCACUCCAGUCUAAACAACUUGUCGGUGCCGAUGUCCGCCUUUGCACCCAACACUAACUACACAGCACACGUGCGCUCAGAGCCUCAUCAGAUAGAUUACAAAGGUGUUUGGAGUCACUGGGGUCCCACCGUCUCCUGGACAACUGGAUCCACUAGCAGUAAGAAAAAAGAAUGAUGGUUGUGUCG